CAUGGAGGUGUUUUUAGAUAACUUUUGUGUUACAUUGCCAAGAUUAAAGGGUGAAUAAACUGGUAUUUUGCAAGGAGAUGCCGUACAAAGCUGCAACUAACGUCCUUUCCAUGGAUGUAGUACAGUUGUCGAACUAUGUUAGAAAGCGUUUCGACCUAUCUCACGUAGGUACGGAGACUUUAGAUGACAUUCGUGAUGUGUCAUUUCGUAUUUUGUCAUUAAAGUCUGAGCUCGGCGACAAUCGUAGGGAGCAGUUAAAGAUACAUUACAACUUGGUACAAGCGUACCAUGGUGGAUAUUUCACUACUAAGGGUCUCCGUAGUGCAUGUCUCGGCUUUCCGUAUCUUUAUCGAUACUUUAUUGACGGCAUUCCUUCACUUGGAAUCAAGGGACCAUCUCCAGGUACACUCUCGAGUGAUCAAUUACUCUUUGAUGCUGGUAGCUGUUUAUCAGAUGCAUUUUUUAAAGGUGCUGUGGAACAUUUUUCUCAGCUAUCUACUGACGAAGUGACUAGGUUCCUCACUAAGGAGCAUCAAUAUGAUCCUAACGUCAGGUUAAAUAAGCUAUACAUCAAGUUGUUGUUCGAGUUACUUACGAAGAAUGCGUUAUUGCAGUCAGCAAAGUCUGACAUCAAAAUGGCAUUGGAAAGACAGGUGACGACGUGGAACAUUGAAUAUAAGGAAGGUUGCAACGUGGACAAUCUGACUGACAUGUUGGCUGUAAUAUCUGGUGUUGGUGUGAAGCUACCAGAGAUGAUGCCAAUAAUCAAUCGGAUGAUAACCGAUUAUAAAGAUCUUAUACCAAUCAACGUUCAACUUUCGAUGCUUUUUGCAGUUAGUUCUCAUGUUGCUCAUUGGGGUUAUGAUGACAUGAGUACCAUGCUCGUGGACCGUCUUUUGGACAUUAUGAUUCAUGCGUAUAAAAAGUUUGACUUGAAAUUGUCAUUAUUGCUAAUGUAUUGUUUUGGGAAUAUAAGAUUUUGCGACAAUAUGUUUGCUCAUGUUCUUUUUCAAAAUGUAAUGCCUCGCAUGUCUAAGAUGAGAAUAGAGGAUAUGGCGCAUCUACUUGAGACGUUUGUUAACGUGAACUUCAGCUACUCCCCGAUAAUAAAAGAAUUCACGAUUUUACAUCCACUAUCUUCAUUGACAGAUACCGAUAGGCAUGUAAUGGCAGUGUUGUGCGAUACGUUGCGCUACGAGGGCGCCAACGUAUUUAAAAAGAAUGCUUAAACAUUA